ACUAGUAGCUUCUAAAAGGAGAAAGAAUAUAGAUACAAAACUAUAUUCAACCAUAGUUUAUAUAUCUUGAACAAAAUUGAUCAUGUCUCAUAUAGCUGUUGAGAGGAAUAGGAGAAGACAAAUGAAUGAACAUCUCAAAGUUUUAAGGUCUUUGACCCCUUGUUUCUAUAUUAAAAGGGGAGACCAAGCAUCAAUAAUAGGAGGAGUUAUAGAAUUCAUCAAUGAAUUGCAUCAAGUUCUUCAAGCUUUGGAGUCUCAAAAGAGAAGGAAGAGUUUAAGCCCUAGCCCUGGUCCAAGUCCAAAAACAUUGCAACCGACGUUUCAUCAAUUCGAUAUAUCCUCCGGAGGAAUUGGGACUACUAAUGAUUUCAAGGAACUAGGAGCAAGUUGUAAUUCUUCGGUUGCAGAUGUUGAAGUUAAAAUUUCAGGUCCAAACGUGAUUUUGAGAGUAAUUUCUCACCGAAUUCUAGGUCAAGUUUCAAGGAUCAUAACUGUUUUAGAAACUCUUUCUUUUGAAGUUCUUCAUCUUAACAUCAGUAGCAUGGAAGAGACAGUUCUAUACCAAUUUGUAGUCAAGAUAGAGCUGGGAUGUCAACUAAGUUUGGAGGAACUUGCAAUGGAAGUACAACAAAGCUUUUGUUCAGAGGCACCUAUGAAGUUGACUGCUGUUUGACUAAAUAUUGCAUUUCAAAUCUUUCCAAUUGUGUGAUAUAAUAAAAUAUAAGCAUGCAUGUGAUAUACAUGCAUGCACAAAAACUACUUUACUAUAAAUGAAAUUAGGCUAUAAUUGUAUCACAUAGCCUUUGUCAUUAGACUAUACCUAUGUUUGGUAUUUCGAUGAAUUCGUCAGAAUUACGGUAAUCCACCAUAAUUUCACAGCAAAAUUAUGGUGGGUAAUCGUACUUUUAAUUAUCUAUUGUGAUAUCAAAUCUAUGUUAUAUGGUAAUAUAUCAAUAUGGAUGCAUUAUAUGUUUGCAUAUGAACUGAUUUCAUAUGGAUGCCAAUUAGAUUAAAUUAUGUUUAAAUUUAGUAUUUUAGAGCUGUGUAAGUUUCUUUUUAUAUAUGUACAUUUUUCUUGCUAUACAAUUGAUGCUAGAAUAGCUUAUAUCUCUACAUAUCUAGCUAAGCUAGCUCAGCCGAUAUGCUAAUUAGUUGGGUGGCCUUGCAGCUAGCCUAAUAUUUCCUAUUUGGGAAAAUUAGCAAUCAUGGUGAAAUUUGUAGUGAG